AAAACUUCUUUAAGAAGCACUAGUGAGUGCGGAGGGGUGAUUCCCCUCUCUCUCUCUCUCUCUCUCUCUGCGCGCGCGCGCGCCGCAACAAUCAGGAAUUCAAAAGAAGCACUGGUUAGUGCUCUCGAUCUCUCUCUGUCUAUAUAUGCGUGUAUAAGUGCUGCAACAACGAGCUUUCCGAGCAGCAGCAGCAGGAACAGAGAAAUGGAAGCAAACGGCUCAGAGAGCGGGCGUUCUGAUUACACAAAGGAUGGCUCCGUUGAUCUCAAAGGCAGGCCAGUCCUCAGAUCAAAGAGAGGUGGAUGGACUGCCUGCUAUUUUAUCGUCGUAUAUGAGGUGUUCGAGAGAAUGGCGUACUAUGGAAUAUCGUCUAAUUUGGUGGUUUAUUUGACGAAAAAGCUCCAUCAGGGCACAGUGGCAUCAUCCAACAACGUUACUUAUUGGAUGGGCACUGGUUUUCUGUCCUCCGUCGCCGGAGCUUACAUUGCCGAUGCACAUCUUGGUCGAUACAGGACUUUCACUAUCUUCUCUGUUGUUUAUUUCUUGGGAAUGUGCUUGUUAACUGCAGCUGUAUCAUUUCCAUCACUUAAGCCACCACCCUGCAACAUACAAGACAUUGCUGGCACCGGGAACUGCAAGCCUGCGUCGAAGCUUCAGCUUGGCAUCUUCUUUAGCGCGCUCUACACAAUUGCAUUGGGCACAGCAGGCACCAAGCCAAACAUUUCGACCAUUGGGGCCGAUCAAUUUGAUGAGUUCGAUACCAAAGAGAGAACAGAUAAAAUCUCUUUUUUCAAUUGGUGGAUGUUCAGCAUUUACCUGGGAACCCUCUUUGCAAAUAUCAUGCUUGUAUAUGUGCAGGACAAUGUAGGCUGGACUUUAGGGUAUGGGAUCCCUACAAUUGGGCUUGCAAUCUCAUUGGUGAUUUUCUAUGCUGGGACUUCAUUCUACAGACACAAGUUGCCUCAAGGGAGUCCCUUCACAAAGAUUGCAAGAGUUUUGGUUGCUUCAAUAAGAAAAUUUAGAGUGAAUCUGCCAAAGGAUUCUAUGAAGCUUUAUGAACUGGAUUCAGAAGAGUAUAUGAAGAAAAAAAGGUUUAAAAUUCCAUCCACAGAUUCAAUGAGGUUUCUAAACAAAGCAGCAGUUAUGGUAGGCACAAGCAAAAAUCCCUGGAAGCUAUGCCCUGUAACUCACAUAGAGGAAACAAAGCAGAUGCUAAGACUGAUCCCAGUCCUCAUUUCCAUGUUCAUCCCAUCCAUCAUAACUUCCCAGGUGAACACCCUCUUCAUCAAGCAAGGCACCACGCUCAACCGCCACAUUGGUCCUCACUUCCAAAUCCCUCCAGCCAGCCUUGUUUCCUUCACCACCAUCUCCAUGCUCAUCACCAUCUUCCUCUACGACCGUUACUUUGUCAGAAUCAUGAGAGCUUGGACCAAGAAUCCAAGAGGAAUCUCUCUUCUUCAAAGACUUGGAAUUGGGCUUGUUUUUGAUGCCACGGUUAUGAUAGUUGCCUCAGUAGUGGAGAAAAAGAGGCUGAGUGUUGCAAGAGAUAAUCCGAAUAAUGGAGGCCGAGUACCUCUUACCAUAUUCAUAUUGCUUCCUCAAUUUGUGCUCAUGGGAGUGAGUGAAGCUUUUCUGGUCGUGGGGAAGAUAGAUUUUUUUUAUCAUCAAGCUCCUGAGGGUAUGAAAAGUUUGGGUACUGCAUAUUCGCUGGUUACUUAUGGAGUUGGGAACUUUCUGAGUAGUUUUCUGCUGUCUUUAGUGGCACAUAUCACACAGAGAAAUGGGAGAAAGGGAUGGAUUCUGAACAAUUUGAAUGCCUCUCAUCUUGAUUACUAUUACAGGCUGCUAUCCAUCUUAAGUUUCUGCAAUUUUUUCUUCUUUUUGAUUGUUUGUAAGUUUUAUGUUUAUAAGGCUGAGCUGUUUGAAACAUUGGAAGGGAAGGAGAGUGGUGAGUCAAGAGAACUAGAGAACAGGGGCUGAUUAUUUUAGUUUAGGAGUAAGUGGAGUGUUGCAGAGGCAUGUGUCAUGCUUAUUGAAAGUUUAAGGUUGAAGGAACAACAGUUGCAGGGCUUUAGAGGCUUGACAAUACGGUGGUUCAUCCAUUAUGGUAACAUUU